UGUGUGUGUGUACCCAGGGGUGGUCUUUGCUCACACACAUACGAUACAGGUUAAGCCCAAAAGCAGGAGAAGGGGGAUAACAAGUGGGAUUUCGCUAUAAGAGGAUUAUCCCGGUCGUUUACCACCCGCUGGUCCUGUCAACAUGUGCCCGGUUCGCCGUUUGGAGCGUUACGCAGCGCAACAGCGUGCCACAGCCUUACCUGGAACCGGGCGAGGAGAGGACUCAAGCUGGAUGUGAUUCACACGAGCGUUCACUAGAUGUAAUACUAUUGUGAACUUAUAUUGUAACGUUCCAAUAUGCCAUAUAUAGUUGUUUUGUAUCUACUGGGAGCGCACGGGAGUCUCACUGGGAGUGCGUCCGCGCCGGCGAGCGGUUUCCUGAGGCGUGGACUGUUGACGGGCCGUUUCUGACAUGAAGACGAGACCAGCCGGGAUCGGCGAUGUCCAUGCCGACUGGAUGGGUUCGCUCCCCUCCAAGCUCAGUGCCAUGCCCCUGAAACACCUCGCCGUGCCAGGAUCCCAUGAUUCUUUCACCUUCUGGGUGGAUGUGCAUGCUCCCGUGGGCCCAGAUCAGAAGGCUUAUGUCAAAUACCUGGCCACCAUGUUCAGCGUCCUAGCCAAGAAAGUCAUGGUGAAGUGGUCCAUGACACAGAAUCUGACUUUCAAGGAGCAGCUGGACGCUGGAAUUCGCUACUUUGAUCUCAGGGUCUCCUCCAAACCAGGUGAGCCAGGAAAAGAGAUUUACUUCAUCCACGGCCUCUUCGGACACAAGGUCAGUGACGGUCUGCUGGAAAUCAACUCCUUCCUAAGCAGACACAGGAAAGAGGUCGUGUUCCUGGACUUCAACCAUUACUACGCGAUGGGCGCAGAGCAUCACGUGUACCUCAUCAACCUGCUGCGGGAGGUAUUUGGCAACAAGCUUUGUUACAACUGUGUAGUGGAGAGCGUUACUCUGGACUACCUGUGGGAGAAGAAACAUCAGGUAAUAGUGUUCUACCAUCAUCCCUCUGGUCAGGGCAACCCCAUCAUGUGGCCUGGCAACAAGAUCCCUGCUCCGUGGGCAAACACCACUGAACCCAACAAGCUCAUACAGUUCCUGCAAACCACACUGAAGGAAAGAGCCAAACAGGGCUCCUUCCACGUGUCGCAGGCCAUCCUCACCCCCAGGGUCAACACUGUGGCCAAGGGCCUGGUCUGGGGGCUCCGUAACUACCUGGUGGAGAGGAACCUGCCGACCAUCAUGUCCUGGGUGGAGGCUCAGAGGCCGGGGAAGGACGGCGUUAACAUCAUCACCUCAGACUUUGUGGAGCUCACGGACUUCGCCAACAUUGUCAUCAAACUCAAUAACCGGCUGUUGUCCGAACAGGAGGGCAAAGCAAGAUGACACAUGUUUGAACAGCGGCACUAAUGUGUGUGUGACUGCUGAAGCCAUGGGAGCAAGAUUCUGUGAAGUUAGUUUUCAUGAUAAUGUAUUUUCUUCCAUCACUGAUUCAAAUGAGGAUUUUUAUCAUCAGCUGUCCCUGGCACAUUAAAGCAACGCUGUGUAAGUUUUUCUGAGCAACAGCGCCCUCUGCAGUCACAAGUGGUGAUGAAUUCUGUCGGGCUCCAUCAAGCUCUGACUGAACUGAAACACAACUGAAGGGUGGAUGUUACCCAUGAUCCCCGGCUUCCUGAACCAGAAAAGCUGCUGCUGAAACAAAUUCACCAAACUCUUUUUGGAAUUCUUCAUAUUUUCAAAGUACAGUUUGGCAUUACACUUGAACUCCCUGGAGCUGAUUACAUAUUAAAAUACCAAAGGUAAAUAUUGUUGACAUCAAUGUCUAAGGAAUGUGUGUACACAGUAGAGGUAGUGGGAUGCGACUGGGACAAAUAUUCCGUUUACAGGCAGAUAAUUACAUCCAUAUUUGUCAUGUACAUUGAGUCUAUGAGAGCAAAGGCCUAACGAGAUGGUGAUGCAAUCUGUUUACCUUGUAUUCCAAACUCACUAAUAAUUAUACCAUAGUAACUCUGAGCCCACGAGCAAAGUUGGCUUUUCAACUAGGCUCUUGGUGUUUUUUCCAAUAAUUAAAUCAGCACGAGACAAAAUUA